CGGCUGGAGUCUCCCUUCUAACAGCCCUCGCACGUGGGGAUGGUGGGCAGGCACACUCAGGCAGGGCCGUGGCGCUCUUGCCUGACGCGUGUCCUCCUCCUCCUUCCCUCCCUCCCUCCCGGGGCUGCAGCGGAGAAGAUGCUGGCGCAGUUCACGUUCGUGCAGCGGGGGCUGGGCCCGGAGGGGGGCCCCGGCGAGGACGCCUACGACGUAGACCGCGAGGAGCAGUUCCACGUAGACCCGGAGCGCCGGGAGGUCGUCUGGAGGCUGCCCGAGUUCGAGCACCUCGCCAGCUUCCCCGUCGCCUCCACGCUGGCCGACAUGGCCGUGAUGCGCACCAACCUGGACAUCCUCAUGCGCCGCUCCAACUACCCCCCGGCCCAGAACGUCCCCCCGCAGGUGACGGUGUACCCGAAGAACCCAGUGGCCCUGGGGGAGCCCAACUGGCUCAUCUGUGUGGCCGACAGCUUCUCGCCCCCGGUGAUCAACCUGACCUGGGUGAAGAACGGGCAGGAGGUGAAGGCUGCGGAUGAGACGGACUUCUUCCCCAACACAGACCAGUCCUUCCGCAGGUUCUCCUACCUGACCUUCGUCCCCAAUGCUGAGGACAUCUACUACUGCCGCGUGGAGCACUGGGGCCUGGCCCAGCCCCUCACCAAGGAGUGGAACGCCGACAGUGCUGAGCCCCUCCCAGAGACGAAGGCGAACGUGUUGUGUGGUCUGGGCCUGGUUGUGGGCAUCACGGGCAUCAUCGUGGGCAUCGUCUUCAUCAUGAAGAACCGGCGGUUGAAUGCGGCCAACGUUCGCCGGAGGCCCAUGUAACCAAAGGCAGAUGUACCACUCUGAGUCCCUCCCUGCUGAGAUCUGCGCCUGCCUCUUUCUUGACUUGCAUCCUCACGCCUCCUUCCUUGGCAAAACCACUCUCCUGAUCCCCAACACCCUUUGAUGUGGCCCUUCCCCGCCAAUGUGGCUCCCACACUGAAAUGGCCACUUGAUUUCUACCCUGUCAGGGAUCUGGAGAGAGCCUGCUAUGUCCCCGGGCAUCCCACUAUUGGGAAGUCUUAGUUCUCCCUGUUUGCAGCCAGUGAAGAAGGACAGCUGACUGAGACACCUUUGGACUGGCUCUUCUCCUGUUAAUAGCAGGCAGAAGUCGUACAGGUGAAUCUUUUGUGACAGGCAGAAGGCACACAGGUGAAUCUUUUCUUGGCAUAGAGUUAAAGUGAUGGAGGGGCUGUAUCUCAGCAACAGAGUAUUGUCUUCAUGUUUGGGAAGUCCCAGGUUCCUCCUCGGACAUAUCUCCAGUUAAAAGCAACUCAUAUAGUGAAGAAAUUCAGGUGGGUCACCAUGUUGGUCUGAAGCAGCAGAGAAAAAAAUGGAUUCUAGCAGCAUUUUUUACACCAACCAAGUUUUGUUUUUGGUAGAAGCUUUUGUGUGCAUCUGAGCUGAGGCCACUGGACCAAAACCUUUUUCACUUAAUAGGAAUUAGAGAAAACCUUCUGAGUUCGUUGUGUGACUCACAGGAGCUCUAUCGGCUCAAUUUGUCUGCUGUCUGUUAAGGGCUCUUGGGAGCGGUGGGGUCAGUAGAAAAAGGAAUCCACCUCCAGGGAAAGUCACUGCCAGUGAGGGAGAGAAGGACCUGAUCCCUUCACCCAGAUGUGGUUUCGCAGUGAAGCCAUCAGGAGAUUUUGUGCUUGGAAGAUUCUGUGCUCGCCAUUUGCCAACAGCCCCUUAUCCCAUAAUAAUCCUGGGUUGGGGUCCCCUUCAGUGGUCUCCAGAAUGAGCCUCAUUUCCUCUAGAGCAAAUCCCCCACCCCUGGCUCUUUUGUGAGACUGUGGUAAAGGAUGGGGAAUAAAUAUAAAUAAAAAAUAUGCUAGCUGGUUGGCCACCUGUCAGGGGUGCUUUGAUCAUGUGUUCCUACAUGGCAGGGGGUUGGACUGGAUGGCCUUUUGGGGUCCCUUCCAUGAUUCUGUGAUUAAGACUGGGGAGGCAAUUGGGGAGUGAUUUUGCUAUAUAAAUAUGCUCUGGGCAGGGCGUCUCCAUGGAAACACCCCAUUCCAGCAUUUCCACUUGAUCACUUUUCUGGAAAAGAAAUAAAUUGGAUCCUUGUAUUGUC